AUGUCAUGUCUAACCCAUCCACCAGAUCAUCUUUAUGUGCCAGUGCUGAAUAUAGAAAAACCAGAAUUUCCACUUCGCAGUGAAGUUGUUUUCAUUUUACAACAGCUGAAUAUCUCUGAAUCUUCUUUAAUAUGCAGAGAUGAUAUUGACCUCCACAUGUUGAACAGGGAAGGGAAACUGGCUUUAACACUUGUUGAUCAUAAUCGGCUGUCAAGUGAUGACAAAGCACUUGAUACAGCUGUUGUCAAAAUAAUUGACCAUCACGAACCAGAGCGAAAACAUUAUGAUCAUUGUGAGAUUUUUCUGGAGCCAGUGGGAUCCUGUAUCACACUAAUAGUUUCUGAAAUUCUCCAAGGAGCUCCAGAUCUGCUAAACCAGCAUUUAGCACAUCUUCUGAGAGGUGUAAUAAAAUUAGACUGCAUGAACAUUACUUCUGAAGCUGGAAGAGCAACACUAAAAGAUAAAGAAAUGAUCGCUGCACUGGAACAGAGGUUUCCUGACCCUUCUGCGCAUCAAGAGUUUUUUGAUGCUUUGCAACAAGCAAAACUUGAUGUUUCUGGUUUAACUACUGAACAGAUUUUGCUAAAAGAUCUAAAGGAACUGUCGGAAGGAGAUACAAAGCUCGCUAUUAGUACUGUGUACAUGACCCUCGAGGAUUUCCUAUCGCGGCCAAAUCUUAUUGAAGAUUUCAAAAAUUUUAAUGGAAGGUAUGGUUAUGACAUUCUUGUCUUAUUGACCAUAUUCUUUGGUGAAGGGGGUGAAGCAGCUCGACAACUUGCCAUUUACACUGACAAUGAUGAACUAAGCAACAGGAUAUGUAACACUUUAGAAGAAUGUCAGAAUCCUUGUCUCCAACUGGAGCCAAUAGAAUAUGGGUUCCAGGAAAUCAAAGCGUAUCAACAAGGAAGUUCUUCAGAUUCGUGCAAGCAAAUACUUCCAAUUAUAAAAGACUGUAUCCAUAGGAGACACCAAGGAAUGGUGAUGAACAGGAGAACUUCCUCCACUGAAGCUGUUAAUGGCAGUGCUCCAGUUUCAGAAGGAUCAUCUGGGGUUCUGGACUUAUCUGGUCCUGAUGUGGAUUCUCAAAACACUGAAUAUAUUGGUGACAACCUACUGGAAAAUUCUCAAAAUAUGAACUCUUCCUUACAAGCCCAUGGUGAUGGAAAUUUAGACCUUAUGAGUCCAGACAGUGGACUAGCUACCAUCAGAAGCAACCGUUCUUCCAAAGAAAGUUCAGUGUUUCUCAGUGAUGAAAGCCCAAUUCGAGAAGCAAUUGUACCACCGUCUAAUACUGCACAUGGGUAUGACUUGUUCAGUUCACUGCCUGAAGGUGAAUUACUAGAAAAACAUAUACCAUCAGUUGUUAAUUUGAAUAAUAAUUUUGAUCUAUCUGUCCUUGAUCCAAUACACUGCAAUAACAUCCAAGCUGAGUAUUCAGGAGAAAAUGAAGAUUUUGUGAUUGCUGGUUUGCCAAACACAGAAUCUACUCCUCCAAAAGGUUAUUUUGUUAAAUCAGCCACAUUGAAUAAUAAUUCACUAGACUUCACUACUGAUAUAUCAAAGGAGGUUAGUAAAAUAACUGAACUGGUAAAGGCAGAGGAUAUUAAUGUUUACAGACAAGGAAAUGCUAGUGAAGAGCCAGAAAAAGAUCAAAUAUUGCAACAUGUAGUGGGUGACACUUCAAUAUCGAAAAGCCUGUCCAGUGAUGUUCUUGGAGUGGACAUUUUAGAUGAGAAGGUUCCCCCAACACCGAUGAACAGUCUUGUGGAAGGAUCACCUCUAGAUGAAGGUCCGCAUAAUAUUUUUGCAGAAGAUGUAAUACAAAAAAUGAAUGGAAUAGUUACAGUUCAUUCUGAUCAGUUAGAUUCAAAGUGUAUUGGACAACAGAAUGAAUUUGAAGUAGGUAUGAAGACGGUAAUGCCAAAACCGGAUGCUGUCUGGGACAGAAAUCAAAAAUCAUUGAAUGCACGUAUUCAAUCUUCUGAUCUUUGGGCAGACUUUGAACAAGAAUUCAAUAAUUCUAACUUUGAACAGGAUGACGUUAGGAAUGAAAUCGAUAUCAAGUGUAAGCAAUCAACUGUGAAUAAUAUUGAUAAUAUAUGGAAUACGACUGGUCAAUCCAUUUUCCUAUCUUCUGCCAAACCGGAGACAUGUGGUGAAUUACAUAAAACUCAUUUGAAAGAAACUGCUGAGCCUAGUUUCAAUAACUUUGAUACACACUGCAAAUCUGGAAAUAAGUCAUUAUUAACAGACAAAUCUAUACAUAUUACUAAUUUACCAAGCCAAGUGAACAAACAACAUUAUGUAGAUAUUCAGGACAUAGAUACAGAACAGAAACAGACUAUGUCAGCUGCAGAAGGUACAUUUAUUUGGGAUAAAUCUACACAAGAGGUUGUUAGACCUGCUGAAAUAUCCCCAGAGAUAUCAAUGGAUUCUAAAGAGAAAAUCCAACAUACAGACUCUGAAAAUUUAGAUUUCAACAUAGAUCCCACUCAAAAAAUACCUCUUUCAUCACAAAUGCCAACAACAUUUUAUGAUCCUGCACAAAUUCACAUUCCAUUUGCUGGAAAUGUAUCAACAGAGACUAAAUCUAAUGAUGAAAUUAUCCAAGCAACUGAUAAAAUUUUAAAUGCAUGGACAUUUGAUCAGGAAUUUGGGAACUCAAGUUCUGGAAGUGAAAAGACACACAUUGCAGAAUAUGAUAAAAACAGCCAAAUAACUUCACAUAGACAUGACAUAAAUACUGAUUCUGAAAAUCCAGAUGAACGAUUACCAUUGGAGAAGAACUUUGAAGCAUGGAAUAUUUCUCAGGAUGGUCUCAAAGAGUCACCAAUAGCAAAUAUAAAUCCGUGGAGCAGUCAAUUAGACAGUAUUAACCAUGUACUAAAGAGUGAAUCUCCUCUGUCAGUAUUUAAUACCAAUAAUAUCCAAGGAACUGAGCAAUUACAAGAAGCACAUCAAAUUAAUAAUAGCCACAGUCAAGUAGUAUUUAAAACUAUAGGUAUACCAAACACGGAAGAAUGGGAAUUAACAUCACCAUAUAAUCCUGAUAUAUGUAAUAAAUUUGAACAGAGCUGCCAUUCAUCUUCUGAGAGUCUGGAGGAAAGUGGUGAACAUAAUGGGGGUGUUGGAGCUACAGAAUUUCUACUUAAAACUUCAGUUCAACAAGUUAGAUAUUCUGCAGCUGAAAAUCCAUCUAUAACAAAUAUGCAAGAGGGUAGAGAGUUCUGUACAGAAAUGCAUCAUCAGUGCAAUAUUUUGGAACAGCCUCAAUAUGAAUCAACAGAUACAAGUCAAGAUAUACUUUUCCAACUACAGGAAAUCACUCAACCAAAGACAGACUACUCUAAUCUGUGCCAAGUUUCUAAAAUGGAAGACCAGUUAUCAAGCUAUGAAAAUAAUGAAUUAUUCAGUUCUCUUGGCCUGGAAUUGGUGAAAUCAGAUAAUGAACAAAUUUUGGCAAGUCCUAAUAAUUGGAAUCAGCUCAAACAAGAGCAUACUGAACUGAACCGGAAAAAUUCAGAUUUGCAGUGCAAAUCUGGUGAGGAUUUCUGUUAUUCUGACCUGGAAGGAAAAUGGAAAGAAGCUACACAUGAAGCAAAACAGCCAGAGUUUGACCUUUGUGAUACGCAUGGUGACAUUGAUCAGGACAGUCGGCUGUCAAGCUCUGAUAUGCUGCAAGCCCAUAUAGCAGCUACUGAUGCCCAAAGUAAACCUUUAGAAGAAGGAAAACUGCAAACGAGGAAGAAUUCUGAACUCUGUAAAAAUUCUGAUUAUGAGUUUAUUCAACCAUGUACAGAUCUUGACAUUUUGAAUGCAAUUGAACAAGAGCAGCCAAAAGACGUGGAUUCUAUGAACCUUAUAGAAGAUGAGCGGAAUCGAUCUUUCAGCGAAAUUCAUGACACUUGGACGGACCGUUGUUAUGAAUUUCCUGAAGUACUUUCUGCUGGGAGUGAUGUUUACAGUGGAUCUGAACAGGUGCUAAUUGAAGCAGGUGGAAACUUUCCUGAUAUUGUGAAUGAUUAUUGCCAAAAUACAUGCCAGUCUUCUUCAGCUAAACCUGAUCUAUGGAAUAAUUCCAGUAAGUUGCUUCUUGGUUCAACUUCUGCAAAUCCUGAUAUUUUAAAUGACUAUGAACUAGAAUCCAGCCACUCAGCUUCAAACAGUCCGGACAGAUGGAGUGAAUCUGUUGAAGCAGACAAACGAAAUUCUGGUAGUUCAGAUACAUGGGUUGGUUCAGAAGAAAAAAAUGAAGAACUUGUGAUUAAGUUGCCUGAUUUCAUGAACACUUCCAGAGAACCAUCUUGCCUAUCGACCUCAUGUGAUCUUCCUUCAAGUGAGUCACCGGAACAGAAUUUUCUUUAUUCGUAUCAAAACGUGCAUGAUGUAUUAAUACAGCGGGAAAGCCAUAUGCCUUUGAUGGAUGUGGAUUCAAAGGUUCAAUUAGAACAAUUAGGUAAGGUAACAGAAUCAACACCUGCUGAUGUAUGCAGUGAGACAGAACAAUACUUUAACACAGUUGAACAAAGAUCUGAUGAAAUUAAAGAUCUGAACAUCUUAGACAAUGUUAAUAUUGAAUCUUCGCAAGGUGCACAACAAAUUUAUGUAGAUCCUGAUGUUUGGAUUCAUUUGGGAGAACAAGUUUCUGAAUCAAAUAUAAAAGGUCAGAAUUUACUAGAUAAUUACAGUGGGGUGGUAAGUUAUUAUGAUUUGGAAGAUGCUGAAUUUACAAGUCAUAGAAACCACGUGGUGAACCAAAAAAAUCUAGAAAAUCCUAAUGUGUGGAAUCAAGUGGAAAAGUUUUCUGAUGGUGCACUAUCCUACCCAUGGACAGAAAACGAGCAGUUUCAAACUUUGGGUUCUGAAAAUAAUGCAUUGUGUCACUUAACAGAAAAUGAAACUGAAUUUGUUACUCUGGGUGAGAGAAUAACUUUAUUUCAAGAAGUACAAGGUAUUUCAAAAGAAAAUCCAUCAACGUUAGAGAUUAUCAAUAAUUUGCACAGUAUAAAUGACAAGAAAAAGGAAAUUGAACCCUAUUUUUCAAAAUCCAAAUCUGCUGAGGACUAUUUUACUUCUGACUUGGACAGUCAAGAGGUUACUUUGCAUAAUUCAGAAGUGAUGGAGUAUUUCUCAGUAUCUGAAGAAAAUCUUUUGCAUAUGGAACCACUGAAAGAUGUUUCUAUAGUAGGAACAAUGGAUUCUAAUUUAUGUGAUACAAUUUCAUCUGUAAGCAGCACCACUUCCAAAGCCAUAAAUGAUGAGUUUGGCCUCAGAGAGAAAAUUGUAUCUAGUGAUGAGGAUCCCCUUGUAAGUCAUUCUGAAUUCCAGCCUUGCAAUAGCAACGCUGAUUUAAACAGGUUUAAAGAGAAUAUAACAUUUUCCCAUGAAAUUCUGGAAACAACUUCAUCAGCUAGCAUUUGUGAAUCUGCAGGGCAGUCAGAUUCUUUGAAAAAAACAACUGAAAGUGUAGAAGACACUAAGAUAUUUCCACCAGCAGAUGGUACAUCAGCAUUGUCUAUCACUGAGCUAUCAAACCAUCAAAAUUUAGAAACUGAAUGUUUAACACAUAAUGUGGAAAGUGAGUGGGUUUCAUUUGAAAAUACUGAUAGUAGUAGCAGCAAUGUGACAUCCUCUAGUUUAUCAUCCAGUGUCCAAAAAUCAGAUUUUUGGGAAGAUCUCAGUCCUGUGGAUGGUGCUAUAAUUGACGAUAAAGGGAUUUCUCAUCUCACUGUUUCAGAGAGCAUUGUUGCAACAGACAGAAUAAAAGGAAGUGAACCAAGAGUGGAAAUUGCAGAGGGUUUAAUAGAGUUCUGCAACAGAGGAAAGGAUCUGCUCUGUGAGCAAAGGUUUGGUGAUCAGUACAGCUUGGUUUCUUCAGGCAGCUCACCAGCAACCCCAACUGAGAUUAGUAGCAGUUCAACAGAAGUUGAAUAUUUGGCUAAACAUCAUACCAAGGAAAUUACAAAUGAAUUGCAAAGCCAAGACAUUGGACUAACUUCAAACAAGGACUGCAGUGCAGGAGAAAUAGAUUAUAUCACUUUCUCUGAGAAAGAGAGACCUUGUGAAAAAGCAGUGGGCAUGCAAGAGAACAAAAACUUGGAGGUGGAAGAUGUAACUUCAAUGACUGCAGAAAUAGAAGACGUGCCUUCAAUGUUUGAAUCCGUUCAACAAACACUCACAGGAAAUGAAUCUAGUGAAGUUGAGAAAUUUUCCUCUGAAACUCAUUCUGCAUACAAUACCUCAGAUGACCAUUUUGUGACAAGCAAUGGUCAGGAUCUAGGAGAAACAGGUUUAGAUGAAAAAAUAAAUGAAAAUCAACAAAUUGAAGGAAAAAUGGGUGCAAAUGAUCAAGAUUCCUCAUCAGAUGAAAGUCCUAGUAGGACAGAAUUGAGUAUAUCUGGGUCAGAGAAUUCUGUUAAAGAACUGAAAGCAGCAAGACCUGUAAGUGAUGAGACAUGUAGAGAAAAAUCUGAAGAAUCUAAGAGUGAGCAUGAUAGAAUAUGUCAAAUGUCAUUAGAAACAAAACUCACAAAUCAAUCCAACAAGACAGUGUUCACAGAUAAUCUAAGCUAUAUGGAAAGUGAGAAAACUGUGUCUCAGCUCUCUUCAGGAUAUGACAAAUUUUCAUCUGAAAACUUACAAGAAGGUCCAAAAUUGCCAGAACAGGUUUAUUCAGAAUCAUAUGGAAAUCAACCUAAAGCAGAAGUGAUUUUGGCUGAUAAGAGUGAAUCAUCUGAAAUAAGCUACCGGAGAAAAUUGGCCUGCCGUCAUAUUGUGGCG